AUGGAUCGCUACAACGAGGUGAAACUGUUGUUGAAAAGCUGGGAGCAAGGCUUCGUCAAGGAGCAUAACAGAAAACCUGCUAAGGAGGACAUUGAUGACGCUCCAGAGGAGACGAAAAAUCUAUAUAAAGAGUACCGCAGUUUGAAACUAGCCAAAGAGAACAACAGCAGUAGCGACAGUGCAACUAGAAAUAACACUGAACAGUCUGGAUCUGCACCUCAGAAGGACUGCUGGGGUUCCCACCUGAAUCGCAGCGCGUUACCGGCGUCUUCAUCCCGGCCGCUGACCUCCCAGGACAGAGACGCUCUGAAGGCCUCAGCGCAGUACUACGGUCUCAAACUGAAGACCAACUUGGUGUCGCUGUCUAAAAAUAACAAAACCGUUUCAUUGAAAAGAACUGGACGUGUGCCUCUCAACUCUUUAAAAAGAGAUGAUGAAUGCGUCCUGGAGAAUAAUGUUGUUGCCAUAUCCCAUGAUGCAGAAUCUUCUUUACCCAGGUCGGUAAAGCCAAAACUGGGAGCCAAUAAGAUCCAUCUGGCUGAGCCUGAUGAACCUCUUGAUCAAUUUACGUCCAUUCCAGAACCUUCCAAAGAUUCUCUUAUACCAAGUAAGACUCACUUGUCCCCCAUCUCCAGUGGAGAUGUAGAAAAAGACUCAAGGUUUACACGUGGAGGCCUCAGACCUGCAAAUCUAGGAGGAUUUCAAGUCACUUCAACCGCGGGAAGGCCUACUCCCGCCAACCGGCUGAGCUGCGUGGACAGGAAGUGGCUGGAGAGAUGUCAGGUUUUUGGCGAACUCGGAGCUGAAGACAAGCCUGGCGCGGGAAACCAGGAUGGAUGUCAGACAAAUGAGAAAACUCAGGAGAACAGAGGGGACGAGAAAGAUGCCGGGACUGACGUUUGUGUAAAUCCUGCACCAAAUUCGAAGAAAAAUACUGAUGAACCAGCACUACCGAAAGAGGCAAAUGAGAGCCCUCCAAAGAAGAACAGGAAGAAAAGGCAGCGGGAAGGAGAAGCGAUAGAAGAAGGGGGAGACCGGAAGAGGGGUAGGAAGAAGAACUUGGAAAACAAUGUAAAGAAAAAGGAGAACGCUGAGGAAAUAGAUGGAAAGAAAAAGAGACGAAGGAUGAAGGCAAAAGAGGACUCUGUAGUAGAGGAAAACAAACCGACCAAGGCACCAAAGAAGGUUCCUCAAGAGAACUUACUUGGAGAAAUUGAAGAAGACUUUAACACAAAGAGAUCUUAUCACACACAGUCAAUCAGAGCCAGAGGCUCCAAAGCUACUGAAGGCAACUUUGUGAGGAUCAAUCUCAAGAAGAAAUCACACGUCAAAGGGUACGCGUUGAGAGGAAUGGCCCUACGCAAGCAAUUGUACAUGCAGAAGUUCCAGCUGAAAGGCGAACGAUUUGGUGGUGGCGGCGGUUUUUUGGGCAGAGGACGUCGCGGCGGAUUCCGCGGCGGUCACACCCGACAGGGUGACACCUGCUUCAAAUGCGGCGGCACAGGACACUGGGCCGUCCACUGCAAGGGACCAGUGCCGCCACCCGCCACGGAGCAGCCCGUUGAGGAGGAGGAACCUUUUGAGUUGCCUACUCUGGAGGAGGUCGCCAGAGCGACAGGGACGCUGCAAGAUUCUCAUGUCCAAGAGGACCAAGAAGCAGAGAACAACGGAGACGAAGCUCUUCUUAACGUGAUCCGUCCUGACUAUGAGCGGCCGGCACCUCCGCCGCCCGUUGAGCCGCUUUACAGCCUCACCGACGAUGGCAAUGUUCACGCAACACCGGAUGACGUUUUUGUCGCUCUUCGAGAACUCGGCUACAACUCGUUCAGGGCGGGCCAGGAGGAAGCAAUCAUGAGGAUCCUGUCAGGUCUCUCUACUUUGGUAGUAUUGUCGACAGGGAUGGGAAAGUCCCUGUGCUAUCAGCUGCCGGCUUACUUGUACGCCAAGCGCUCUAAUUGCAUCACUUUGGUCAUUUCGCCUCUUGUCUCGUUAAUGGAUGACCAGCUUUCUGGCCUGCCAGCCAAUCUGAAAGCAGCCUGCAUUCAUUCCAACAUGACAAUGAAACAGCGAGAAGUCGCGAUACAAAAGGUGAAAGCAGGUCAGGUGUGCGUAUUGCUGCUGUCACCUGAAGCACUGGUGGGCGGCGGAAACUCCGGUCCGGGGUGUCUUCCUUCAGCGCAAGAGCUCCCCCCUGUGGCAUUUGCGUGCAUCGACGAAGCCCACUGCGUUUCCGAGUGGUCGCAUAACUUUCGGCCGUGCUAUCUCAGGCUUUGUAAGGUUCUGAGAGAGCGCUUGGGCGUGCAAUGUUUGUUGGGACUCACAGCCACGGCUACGUUGUCUACGGCUCUGGACAUCGCCCAACAUUUGGACAUUCAUGACCAGGCUGGCAUUGCGGUCCGAUCCGCCGCCGUGCCUGCAAACCUGCACCUCUCAGUGUCCACGGAUAAGGAAAAAGAUCAGGCUCUGGUGUCCUUGUUGAAAGGCGAUCGCUUCGGCUGUCUGGACUCUGUCAUCGUUUACUGCACCAGGAGAGAGGAGACUGCUCGCGUGGCCGCGCUGCUCAGAACCUGCCUGCAGGGGGUGCUGUUGAAAGAAAAUAAACACGUCAGAAACAGCCAGCAGGUCAACCCAGUUGGGGAAAAGAAGAAAGAACUUGCAAGGAAGAAGAUUCGCAAACCCCUAAAGUGGCAAGCCGAGUCGUACCACGCCGGCCUUUCUGGCUCGGAACGCCGCCGGGUUCAGAACAACUUCAUGUGCGGCCAGCUACGGAUUGUGGUGGCCACUGUGGCAUUCGGCAUGGGCCUGGACAAAUCUGACGUACGGGGAAUUAUUCACUACAACAUGCCUAAGAGCUUCGAGAGCUACGUUCAAGAAAUAGGCAGAGCGGGGCGAGACGGAGAACCGGCGCACUGUCACCUCUUCCUUGAUCCUGAGGGUAUGGACCUCCAUGAAUUGCGACGCCACAUCUACUCUGACACGGUGGACUACUACACAGUGAAACGUCUGGUCCAGAAAGUAUUCCCGCCAUGCAAAUGCAAACAAAUCCAGAAGAAAAGACAAGAACUCUUCCAGGAGGACAUCGAUGACGCCGAGCUGUUGGAGAUGAUGGAAAUGCGCGAUCAGGAAAACGGGGGUGACACAGCCACCCAUCAGGAGGUGCUGCUUUCCACGGACGAUGGUCAAAAAGAGGAUGAUUGCACUGCUGAGAAAGUUGACAACCAAGAAAUAGGUUGGCCCAUGGAGCGAGUGUGCCAUACACAUGAGAGAGCCGUCCCCAUCCAAGAGACUGUGGAGAGCCUGGACAUCACAGAAGAAGGUAUCGAGACACUGCUAUGCUAUCUGGAGCUCCAUCCUCAGCGUUUCGUUGAACUCCUCCACCCCACGCUGUCCGUGUGCAAAAUCAGCUGCUACGAUGGACCCAGACAGCUACGAAGGAUCACUAAAAUAUGCCCUCCCGUCGCAGUAGUGCUGGCCCGGCGGCGUGUAGCCGGCCAGCGAGUGGAGUCAUGUGACCAGCUGGAGUUCGACGUGGUGGAGGUGGCCGACACCAUGGGGUGGCAAUUGCCCUUGGUGAAGAGGGGACUCAGGCAGUUGCAGUGGAGCACCGAUAAAUCUGGGGGACGCAGCGGCAUCCACGUGGAGUUUUCAUCCCUGUCCUUCUACUUCCGUUCCUACGGCGACCUGAACGAUGAGGAGCUGGACAAGGUGUGUCGCUUCCUUCAUCAGCGUGUGCAGGAUCGCGAGAGGUCGCAACUUUACCAGCUGAGCGCUUGCUUCAAGGCUUUCAAGAGCGUGGCUUUCAAUAGCGUGUCAUCCUGCGUGGACGACUUGGAUGAUGGUCGCAGUUUGCAAUUAAAGGGCCUCCUGUCUGACUAUUUUGAUAAGAGGCGAGACCGGGACCUCAACUUGGAUCCACUAGACAUGGAUGACAGUCUGGACAAGUAUAAGCUACUGGACUGGGAGAACCAAAUCCGAGCAGACAUUAGGAGCUUCCUGUCUCACAGAAGUGACGAAAAGUUUUCCGGAAGAGCUGUUGCUCGAAUUUUUCAUGGCAUUGGGAGUCCGUGUUAUCCUGCCCAGACGUACGGCAGAGACCGACGCUACUGGCGGAAAUACAUCCAGUUUGACUUCAACCAGCUCAUCAAAAUGGCUACUCAGGAAAUCAUUCAAUUUAAGUAA